GUGGACCCGGAACCAGUCCUGCGGGGAGUGCCAGCCGCAGCAGCGCAGCUGGGAGAGGGCAUAAUCCUUGCCCGUUCACUCGUAUUUGAAGAGCUAACAGACUUUCAGAAUGGCGGGAACUUGGAGAGCAGGGAGAAGAAUAGCCCCAGAUACGAGGUCUGUUCAGGAAGAUGAACCCUCCUUUGCAGAAAUUGGAGCUGCCCCAGAGAGUCUGUUUGUGAUGAAGACAGAGGCCCAGCCUUCGACAUCCUCGCUGGCAAACACCUCAUCGACUGACACAGUGAUUUGUGACAGUGGCUCAGAAAGUCAUACGUGGGAAGACAAGGGUCUGGUGAUCUGGGAUGCACCAUCUUGGACCUCAGAGGCCCAAGUUUCAGCAACCCGGAUUGCAAAGGCUCAGGCCAGGACCAGUCAGCCCAAGCCAAUUUCUGUACCAGAGGUGGCACCUUCCUCAGUCCUGAAGCAGAAACCCCUAUAUGAGAAGGUGCAGAUGACAGAGAAGAAAGAGAGUGAGGUCCUCUAUGCCCGUCCGUUCUGGUCCAGCAAAGCUGAGUACAUUUUCGCCCAGGUGGGCUUCUCUGUGAGGCCAGAUUAUCUCUGGCACUUUACCUACCUGUGGCUUAACAGUGGAGGCUGCAGUUUCGUAGCUGUCUACAUCUUCAUGCUGUUCCUAGUCGGGGUUCCUCUUCUCUUCCUGGAGAUGGCGGCUGGUCAGAGCCUGCGUCAGGGUAGCAUGGGCAUAUGGAAGAUCAUUGCCCCCUGGAUUGGUGGUGUGGGGUAUUCCAGCUUCAUGGUGUGCUUCAUCGUUGGCUUGUACUUGAAUGUGAUGAAUUCCUGGAUGGUCUUCUACCUGAGCCAGUCCUUCCAGUAUCCUGUUCCAUGGGAGAAAUGUCACUUAAUGGAGAACUCUAGUGGCUUUGAUCCUGCAUGUGAACGGACAACACCCUCCAUGUACUUCUGGUACCAGGAGACCUUGAAGGCCUCAGACAGAAUUGAGGAUGGUGGGUCACCAGUCAGCAGUCUGGUCCUGCCCUUCUUUAUUUGCUGGUGUCUUGUUGGUGCUUUCAUGAUCAAUGGGCUUAAGUCCACCAGGAAGGUCAUAUAUGUGUUGGUACCGCUCCCCUGUUUCAUCAUCGUUGGGCUCUUCAUCGGGAGUCUACUGCUGGAAGGGGCAAAAUUUGGCCUUCAACAGUUGUUGGUUGCCAAGAUAGCGGACGUGUACAAUGUGAGUGUGUGGUCUGUAGCAGGGAGUCACGUUUUGUUGAACACAGGCGUAGGCCUUGGCUCCGUUGCCUCCUUAGCCUCAUACAUGCCGCAGUCCAACAACUGUCUCAGUGAUGCCUUUCUCGUGUCCUUGAUGAACCUGCUCACUUUGGUGAUUACCACAUCUUUCAACUUUUGUGUCCUGGGCUUCUGGGCGACAGUCAUCACACAUCGCUGCUGUGAGAGGAAUGCUGAAACACUUUCAAACUUGAUAGCCCUGGGGAAACUGCCUCCUGCCGCCAGCCCCCCUGCCAGCCUGCAUGAAAACCCGACCUCUGUCUACAACACCUGGCUCAGUGGCCUUCCCACGAGCAUCAGAAGCAUGGUUCUCCACGAGGUGUCUGAGUGCAACAUAGAGACUCAAUUUUUUAAGGCUAAGGAGGGCCCAAAGUUUGUAUUCCUGUCCUUUGUUGAAGCCAUGUCCUUCCUUCCCCUGUCUGUCUUCUGGUCUUUCAUCUUCUUCCUGGUGUUGCUGGCCACGGGGCUGAGCAGUGCCAUAGGGAUUGCGCAGGGCCGGGGGGCGCUUUUCUACCUGUGUCACCGGACCGGGGGAGCUAAGGCCAGGCGCCUGGGUCCUGAGCUUAAGGAAGGAGUCCUGGGCCCAGAAGGAGAACGCUGGGGUUGGGCACACGGGGGCAAGGCCUGCAGUCCUGACUGCCUGAGCACAGCGCCCCUGCCCGUCUUUCCAGGCAGCCUCAUCCUGAGGUACUUCAUGCUCUUCUUACUCGGGAUCCCGCUCUCACACAUGGAGAUGAUCGCGGGGCAGUGGCUGCGUGUGGACCGCGCCUGGCUCUGGAAGCAGCUUGUCCUCGGGCUGUGCCAGCAUCCUGAGACCUGCGGGCUACCUUUCAGAUCAGACCAGUCUCGCCAGCUGAGCCCCUCCACCUCCCUGACUUUUGACAGUGCAUGUUAA